AUGGAAAGUUAUUGUCGUAUAAAUACCGCCGCCCGCGCCGCGCCUACUGCGCCAUCGCCGAAACUUCUCUCACCUUUCCAGAUGCAGGUGCACACCGUACGCUUAGUUGCGCUAUUCGUUAACGCAAUUCUCUAUGGCAUUCUCGUCACCACCUUCGACCCGUGUUUGAACAGCUUUGCGUGGAUCUCCCGGCGAGAGAGGCCGCACCGGGGGAUUGGCAGACGGAAAGAGAUCAAGCUGCCGAUUCUGCUCGCCUCCAUAUCGAUGUUCCUCAUCGCGACCUUCUCGACUGCGCUCUCGCUCCGCAAUGUUCUCGAUGCGUUCAUCUCAUGGAUUUCGCCGGGGAGGGCGGGGCGUUGGAGUUCUAUCGGCGCCAUGACGUCGGCUGCCAGACGCAUUGAAUGUUGGCAGUGGAGGACACGGCUCAGGUCGCAUGGGGUGAUGCGUUGCUUGUAUGUUGCCGACUCCUCGGAACCUUCGCGCCUGAUUCUCUUUCUCCAGAUCUACCGAUGUUACGUGUUGUACGACAGAAAAUUUCGCAAGGUUCUCGUACCAUUCAUAAGUUACUUGACGCUGGUCGGUCAGAAAUACUUUUUGCAAGUGGACGAAGGAAAAUUACUGAUCUCCCGUGGCCAGUUGCGACUGCGCUCAGCACCUAUCUCGAAAUUAUCUCGGUCUGAUGUUUUUUUAUAUCUUAUUGUCAGAAGGCUGAUCCAGAUGGACCACGACUCCGCACGUCCCUUGGCCAACGCUGGGUUGUUGCGGCCUCAUUUCCUGACCCGGGUAGCUCAGAUCUUCUUCGAGACCGGCUUGAUCUACACGCUCUCCGUCGUGGUGUCUUUCAUCCUGUAUCUGAGUAGGAGUAGUCUGGAGUAUGUUGCUUCUCUGGGGAUCAUUCAAAUCAUAGUGCGUGACCAAGUUGGACAGCGAAAACCGCAGCAAUCCGAGAUGAACCACACAGCAUAUUACCUGCAAUCUGCUCCUGAUUUGGACGAGACCCUUCCGAUAAAGCUCGUUUUCGAGCCAUGA